AUGAGAGAAAAAAUAUUUGAGUUUGAGUCAAAGUUUGGAAUGAUUCAAGCUCAUGGUUGUGUUGAUGGCUCUCACAUUCCCAUUGUUUGUCCAGCUAAUCCUUCUCAAGAUUAUUUUUGUUACAAACAAUACUAUUCAAUGCAGGUUCAAGCAGUUUGUGAUUACAAAGGCAGUUUUUUGGAUGUUGAAUGUAAGUGGCCUGGUAGUGUGCAUGACGCUAAAGUCUUUUCAAACUCUUCUAUUAAUACUAAUUUGAGAAGUUCAAGACUUCCAGGAACCUUUCAAACUAUUACUAAGAACAAAAUAAAAGCUCCGUGCUACCUAAUUGGAGAUCCUGCAUAUCCAAUACUUCCACAUUGUAUGAAAGAAUAUAGUACAUGCAAGAAAAAUGACGAAUUCAUUUUUAACAGUAUGUUGAGGACUGCACGCAACCCUAUAGAAUGUGCUUUUGGUCGACUUAAAGUACGUUGGAAAAUUUUGACCAAAAAAAUGGAUUUAAAACUUGAAAAAAUUCCAACAGUAAUUUAUGCAUAUCCAAUUUUUUCUUGUAUUGACGGUGAAGGUGAAGUUAUUCGCAAAGCAUUAACUGAGUACAUUAGUGAAAAUUAUGUUCAAAAGCAAACUGUUUACACAAAAUAA